UUGCAUUUACUGGUUUACUAUCUCCUCGCCUCGCCUCGCCUCGCCUCCCCUCUACUCUCCCUCUCACAUAUCUGUGUCUGAAGUUAUUGCUGCCGGUGUUUUGCAGCUUUCAUCAAUAAAUAUAUACCAAAACGGGCUCUAGUGUAUUAUUACAUCAAGAAUUCAGCCUAGUAAAACAGUCAAGAAUCAAGAUUUUUCAGCUUUCUUCGGAAAAAAGAUAGUAGGAGUUGAUGCUGCUGAAGAAUCUGAUGGAGGACGCGCAGCUGAAUUUCGACCAACCAUUGUUAUCCGUGAGGCGACACCCACCACCAUCUUUGACCUCUCAGAAACGAGACAGCUAUUCCUAUCAAGUCAGGCCUCAGCUUCCUACUUACAGAUCAGAGCUGAAAUCUGGUCCUAUUACGAAUCCCGGAGCCGUGCCAUUUCUAUGGGAGCAUUCCCCUGGACAACCUAAGGAGGAGACGAAAUCAGAAACUAGAUGUUCUGGAAAGCCUCCCAUCGUCCCAAUGCUUCCUCCUGGGAGACACCCGAAGGCUAGACAGCGCAAUUCUCAUGUUGUUUCUCGGAGAACUACUGGCAUCAAGACCCAAGCUGUUGAUGCACCAUGUACUAGUGAAGAGAAGAAACAAGAUGUCCCUGUUUCUUCCGACUCUCGGUCUUGUGAUGAAAAUAUGAAGAACGUCGAGAGCAGCAAAGAUACAACAAAGGAGGAGGAGGGUUCUGACUCUGAGGAUAGCAACGAAGCCUAUGUUGAUGCACGGGACACACUCUCGCGGACAGAAUACUCUUUCUUGAAUUGUAGCAUGAGCGGCUUAAGUGGAGGAGAAGAUCUAGAUGUGAAACCUUCUGAUCGAUUCUCGACUGAUCCACAAGAUCGCGAGUUCAUGAUGGAUAGGUUCCUACCUGCAGCGAAAGCGAUGGCUUCGGAGACCCCUCAUGCGCCCAAGAAGCAAGCCGUGCAAGUACAGCAGCAGCAGCAGCAGCAACCGAAGAAAACAGCAAACCAAUCUAGUAAGCCUUCACUUCGCUACGGGCCUAGUUUUGCGAAGAAGUAUUCACAUUACCAUGAGAAUGAGGAAGAAGAAGAGAGUGAUGAUGAGUAUGACCAGCAAGCAAAUAUGCCUUCAGUGUGUGGUUUGCUGCCCCGUUUUUGCUUGAAGAGUUCACUUGGUCGCUUAAGCCCAGUUCCUUCAAUGAGCGUGAGGACUCGAGUGCCAGCAUCCCCUGCUAAUAGAAGACGUCCUAGAUCUUCGUCGUCUGGUUCUUACUCUGAGACGGAAAAUGAGGUAAACAAAGCUGAACAUGAGGAUAAGGUUACUUCAGCAUACAGUGAUGCACCUAUGCCAUCACAUGAAUGGAAAGAAGCUAGUUCAGUUCACGAAGGAGUUACGCAUAAAAAGGGUUUGAAAACCUUUGAGGAGUUUUUGCACGAUCGUGGAAGCUCAGAUCAGGCGAGUUCAAUAGAUCCUGUUGCAGAGAAAACCGUCUAUGUAGAUACAGUACAUAAGGUGGAAUCACCAAAUUUGAGGCCGUUUACUCCCAACUUGUUAGAAGAAGAUUUGCCUCACGAAGAUUUGAAGAAGUUGCAUACUGUGGAUGAAGAUGCACAGUUCCUACCAAACGCCAAGUCUACUGCAAAUCAACGAAAGGAGAAGCCUCUAGAUUUUGGAGAAAAUCGAGAUUUUAGCAUGGAUUCGACAAAUAAAGAUCAUCUAGCAGUGACUUUGUAUAACUCUCAACAGAAUCACUCCGGACUUCCUGCUCCACCUCCUCUGCCUAAAUCUCCUUCUGAUUCCUGGCUGUGGCGGACAUUGCCUUCCAUGAACAUGAAGAACUCGCCUCUGCGCCCGUAUUGUGGUGCAGCGGAGAACAACUGUUUCAAGGCACCUGCAAAUGAUAUGAAGUGGGAAACUAUUGUCAAGACGACGAAGGUGCAGCGUCGUCACAUGCAUUACUCCGAGGAAUCGUUGACAACUAUACCCGAAGCUUGAGAAAUGCCCUUCUGGUAGCCGUGUAGAUGUCAACACGACAAGGGCGCGACCCCGUAUACUUAUGUUCUCUCUGUUAAAAAUGCAGCUUUAAUCUCCCAUUUUCUGUCA